AUGCAUUGUAGAUACCACCCUGAAACACACCUAAAUGGUACCAGGGAGUUAGCAACUGACAACUUUUGUGAGUCAAUCUGGAAGAUGUAUACGCGAGCAAAAGCUAUCCUACCUGGUGAGGAACGUAUACUGAAUUUUAGUUGGAGAAUAAUGGGGAUCAGGGCAGUGUCACAUAGAGCAAAGGAAAUGAGGAAUGUGGAUAAAGGAAGAAUGAUAUCUAGUUGUAACAAAGUAGUAAUGGGUUUUGACGACGCGCCGCCAUUAGCUGUUGAAUCCUUGAUCUCAAUGCAAGAGAUAAAUAAACUGUCUAGUGCCGAUAUCAAUCCUGAUACAGCGCACGCUACAAUGGGAUCGGAUGAUAACUCUAUCGGAAACUUCUUGUCACAAUCAGAAGGGUUCGAUAUGGAGGCGAUGUUUGCAGGGGUUACGAAUACGGCACAGGAUGGAAUAGCCAGUAUCCCUGAGGGAAACGGUAGUUCCAGAAAAGGCUCUUAUGGAAAGGUUAAACCAGUUCGAAAGCAUAUGCAUGGUUAUAGUGUUGGCGCUGUUCGCAAGGGCAGCAACUGGAAGGCGAGUGUGAAGUGCAGCAACUGCUGUACCACCACAACGCCUCUCUGGCGCCGCGAUCCGGAGGGUAAUCCGAUGUGUAACGCGUGCGGAUUAUUCCUGAAACUGCACGGUGCAAUGCGGCCGCUGUCUCUGAAGACUGAUGUGAUUAAGAAGCGGCAACGUUCUUCUAAUAAGCAUAACGCGAAGCAGUCCGACGGCUCGAAAAGCAGAAAUGGGUCCGCCAUGGCCAGGACAGCUCCCACAGAGGUGGCACCACCACCGCCACCACCACCUCCGCCACCACCUACCAAGCCGGUUAGCACUGCUACUUCUAGUACGGUAAAUGGAGAAUCGACUUCGGGAGAGGUUAUGGACAUCCAUCGUAAUGAUGAUGCCUGGUCAGCUGCAGUAUUUCAAAUGCAUUAUAAGGUUCCUCCUACAGAUAAUGCGUUUCCAGCUUUGUCUGAUGAUCUACUUGUCGGUCAUUUUGCCCAAUUGAUAGAGUCUGAGGAUACGAGCAUGUUUUUAUCAAGAGAGCAGCAACUAGAGCAAAGAGAAAAACUGCUUUUCAAAUAA